GUGGGAGAUGUCACUAUCUGUCUAAACUUAGAAUCUUAGGAUAAGAGGGCAAAUGCUAAUAAACUCUUUGGGGCCCUUGAUUCCCAGUGUUUGGAGAGGCAAAUUUGAGAGUUAAAGGUGCCCUGAGGAAUUGCAAAUGGAAGUGGAAAGGAGGGGUAGUGUGUGCUCAGAUUGCUGUGAAGUGAUUAAUAGAGGAAGCAAAGUGUUAACUGUUUCCAGCUACCUGGGGAAAAUUAAUUGCUUAAGUAAUUAAGGUGGCUUUGAAAGCAUAAUUUUCCCAAUUUUUAGGUGUGUUCACCAAUUACACAUUUAUUUAAAAAUGAAAUGCCAUCAAUCUGAAUAUGCAAUGUAAUUUUUGAAAGACAAGUCUUUGCACCAACUCUCUUAACAGUGUGACUUAUGUUGAGACUUUCAGCAUCCAAUGGUUUACUAGUCCCUUUUGAUAAAUAAAUAUCCCUGUGAGGACGUUCAAACUUCCAGAUUAUUAUUAUUCCCUCAAAGAUUUGAAGAAGGGUGUUCACAUAGAAACCUAGAAUUAAAGGGAAGACGUGUAAGAAAGAUUGUGUACUAGUGAGUGAAAAUUAGCUAACAAAAACAGGGUCUCCCUUGGGUGUAGGCGUGGAGGUGAGAAUUGCCACAGGGAGUAGGCGAGUGCUAGACAAUCUGGGCGCCAAGGCCACCUUCAGUCUAACAGGCAGCUCUUCUUUGCAAACGACCUUCACCUUGGGAGCAAGUUAGGCUCUAGGCCGGUGGGCAGGUGCAGGCUAUGCGGCUGCCGCGCGGGGUGGGCGGGUUUCCACGUGCGCGAGCCCUUUAAGGCCCCGCGCAACGGAAGCGCGUGGGUACUACGUGGCCUCACUGGCGCCCUCGGCCCAGCGGCCAUGGACUUGGGCGCAGAGGAGUUUGAGCAGAACCUCCCCUUGCUGCAGGAGCUCGUCCAGGACGCGGAUUUUGUGGGUCUGGACAUAGAGUUCACUGGCCUUCGUUCUAGCCUUUCCGGACCGCAGCAGAUCAGUCUUUUUGAUUUGCCAUCCGAGUGGUACCUAAAGACCCGCCAGAGUGUUCAGCAGUUUACCAUCUGUCAGAUUGGAUUGUCUGUAUUUUCCAGUAUCGAAGGAGAGUUCAACAAGUAUGUAGCCCAUUCAUAUAACUUCUUUCUCUUCCCUACAACAUUUGGGAUUUUGGAUUCAGAAUUCUCUUUCCAGGCUUCUAGUGUUCAGUUUUUGAAUCAGUACGGCUUCAACUAUAACAAGUUUCUUAAAAAUGGAAUCCCAUAUAUGAAUGAAGAACAGGAGAAAAAAAUUAAGCACAACAUCCUGACAGGGAACUGGAGAGUUCGCAGCUCUCUGGAUAAAGACCAAAUCAAAGUGGUGAUUGAUGAGGUGACACGAUGGCUGGACCUAGCUGAGGAAGGUGACCGGAUAACUCUGCCUGGUAUUGCUGGGUUCCAGGCCUUUGAGGUCCAAUUGGUGCUGAGGCAGGCCCUCCCCAAUAUCUGGACGAUGCUGAAAGAUCAGGGCGUGGUGGUGAAGAAGGUGAGUCGGCAGCAUCGCUGGUAUCUUGAGAACGCCUCUUGUGAUCGAGCCAGUUGUUGGAAGGAGCAGAUUCUCCUCUCUGCGAGGGGUUUUUCUGUUUUUUUCCAGAUGCUGGUGAAAGCCCAGAAGCCCUUAGUGGGGCAUAAUAUGAUGAUGGAUCUGUUGCAUCUCCAUGAGAAGUUCUUCAGACCUCUCCCAGAAAGCUAUGAUCAGUUUAAGCAGAAUAUCCAUGACCUGUUUCCUGUUCUCAUUGAUACCAAGAAUGUGACAAAGGAUAUCUGGAAGGAACUGCAUUUCCCACGGGUCUCCAAUCUCUCGGAGGUGUACGAAGUGCUGAGCAGUAACUUGAAUCCCACCAAGAAUUCUGGACCAGUGAUUGUUCAUGCGAGCAAAUGUGAAAAAUAUGCCCAGAACAAGUGCCCCCAUGAAGCAGCAUAUGAUGCCUUUCUUUGUGGGUCAGUUCUUCUGAAAGUGGCUCACCUGCUCCUUCAGAGGGUGCACAGCAGCGGACCCAUGCCUGAGCCAUCUUUCCCUCAGUACCUCAACGUGCUGGCUCCUUACGUGAACCAAGUCAAUCUUAUCCGAGCUGGGGUCCCUAAAAUCAAUUUUUCUGGCCCAGAUUAUCCCAGUGUCCGGCCUCCCAUCCUCAUCCUCACUGUUAGGAGAUGGCCCGGGGCCAGUGAGCAGCAAGUCUACCGUGAGUUCCAGAAUCUCUGCAAGUUCGAUGUCAGGCGACUCACUCGAAGCCAGUUCCUGCUCCUGACCAAUAAGUUUAAGGAUGCCCGCAGUAUCCUGAAGGAGUACAGGUGCCACCCGACCCUGCAGGUCUCCCUAUACCGGUACUGGAGACAUUCCCCCAACAUCAACUGCGUGUUACAAGUCUGUGGAGUGGUCACUACCUGGGCUCUGCUGGCGUUUCUCCUGGGAAGAUCCAGAUCCUGAGUGCUGCAAGCCUCUUGGCCUGUGUUCUGUCGCCAGGCUUUCCUGGGGCGUGUGUGUGUGUGUUAAUAUGUGUAAAUCAUAUUCUCUUUGCAGGUGGAUUGUAUUGUCCUUACUAGAAAUUUUGUUAUGUUUUGAAUGUGAAAUUCUGUAAAUACUGUAGUGAUAAAUGUGCUAUAUGCAAAGAUUUCUUUGUGGCAAAAGCUGUCCUUCCUUUCUGGAAAUGACUGGGAGCCGUCACAGCUGCUGGGGAUUUAAGCCAGCACCCUGGGCUGUCUAGAGCAGACAUGACAGCUGCACACCAGGUGAACCAGGCUGAUUUCCCUGGGAGAAAAAUUAACGGCCAACAGGUUGCUGGAAGAAUAAGCUUUUUUUUUUUCUUUUGUGAUUAAGCUAAUCACAAAGGGGGAAAAAUAAGCUUGGCAGGGUCAAUGUAAUGUGCUGGUGACACUUUGGAUCAACUUUUUAAAUCAUUAAGAUACUCAUUUUGGAGACAAGAUUACCCCCAGCCCUGGAACGCACCUUGGGUCGGUCAGUGUGACCAAUGCUUUUCUCUGUGGUGCUCCCUGCCCACCAGCUCCCAGUCGCUUCCCCCAGAGUGGGGUUCUGCUCAGCCUUGAACUUCAAUUCAGC